GAACAAGGCGUGGGCAGUGACUCAGGUUCCUGGGUGCUCUGACCCUCCUGGGUGGGUCACACGUUCCCUGGCCACUUCCUCUUUCCCCACGCCCUGGCCGUGGGGAAAUCCCUGCCGGGCACUAUAAGAAGCCCCUGGGCUCCUUGCAGAGCCCGGCUCCCGCCCAGAGGACAAGAUGAGGCUGGGCCACCACUGUCUUCUAGCCCUUCUGCUCUUCCUGGGCCAGGCUGCAGGGGACUCGGAGGAUUUGGUCCCAACCCCUGGCUACAGCCCCUCCGUGAACUCUGAGUACAGCUCCAGCCCCACGUCCUUGGCCAGCGAAUCAAAAGGCUUUGGUUCAGGUGGAAAGGUGGCUGAAUGCUUUCCCAAUUUCACCGGCUCCGUGGAUGAGCGUGGGACCUGCCAGUGCUCCAUUUUCCUGCCAGAUACCACCUUUCCCGUGGACAGAGUGGAGCGCUUGGAAUCCACAGCUCACACUCUUUCUCAGAAGUUUGAGAAAGAGCUUUCUAAAGUGAAGGAAUAUGUCCGGUUAGUCAGUGUGUAUGAAAACAAACUCUUCAACCUAGCUGCCCGAAUCGAGGUCAUGGAGAAGGAUACUGUUUCUUACACUGAACUGGACUUUGCGCUGAUCAAGUUGGAAGUGAAGGAGAUGGAGAAAUUGAUCACUCAACUGAAGGGCAGUUUUAUUGGAAGCUCAGAAAUUGUUAACCAGCUGGAAGUGGAGAUAAGGAAUAUGACCCUCCUGGUAGAGAAGCUCGAGUCACUAGACAAAAACAAUAUCCUUGCCAUUCGCCGAGAAAUUGACGUGCUGAAGAAAAAGCUGAAGGAGUGUGAGGACCUCAAAGGUCAAGGGUCGCCUGCUGCCCCUCCUCCCUCUUCGGGGAGCUGUGGUCAUGGUGGUGUGGUGAACAUCAGCAGACCGGCUGUGGUUCAACUCAACUGGAGAGGAUUUUCUUACAAGUACGGUGCCUGGGGUCGGGAUUACUCUCCCCAGCAUCCAGGAGAAGGGCUGUAUUGGGUGGCACCAUUGAAUACAGAUGCGAGACAGCUGGAAUAUUAUAGACUCCACAACACACUGGAUGACUUGCUAUUGUAUGCAAAUGCUCGACAAAAUCGGAUUACCUAUGGCCAAGGUAGUGGUACAGCAGUUUACAAAAACAGCAUGUAUGUGAACUGGUACAACACCGGCAACAUUGCCAAAAUUAACCUGACCACCAACGUGGUUGCUGUGACUAAACCUCUCCCUAGUGCUGCUUAUAAUAACCGUUUUUCAUAUGCUAAUGUUGCUUGGCAAGAUAUUGACUUGGCUGUGGAUGAGAAUGGGUUGUGGGUGAUUUAUUCAACUGAAGCCAGCACUGGUAACAUGGUGAUUAGCAAACUCAACGACAGCACACUUGAGGUGCUAGACACUUGGUAUACCAAGCAGUAUAAACCAUCUGCUUCUAAUGCCUUCAUGGUGUGUGGGGUUCUCUAUGCCACCCGUACUCUGAACACCAGAACAGAAGAGAUAUUUUACUACUAUGACACAAACACAGGGAAAGAGGGCAAGCUAGACAUUACAAUACAAAAGAUGCAAGAAAAUGUGCAGAGCAUUAAUUACCACCCAUUUGACCAUAAACUUUAUGUCUAUAACGAUGGUUACCUUCUGAAUUAUGAUCUGAUCUUCCAGAAGUUAGCUGUUUAGGUGUAAGAGUGAAAGAGAAAUAAAAUGUUUGUUGGAAAAAA